AUGGGUUCCGUAAACACUGACGCUGCUUCGUACUUGCCUUUCCGCCUCGACGGCAAAGUCGCACUGGUGACAGGCGCCGGUCGUGGCAUUGGCGCUGCCAUGGCCGUUGAGCUGGGACGAUGCGGCGCCAAAGUCAUUGUCAACUACGCCAGGUCGUCCGGUCCGGCGAGCAAGGUGGUGGAAGAGAUCAAGAGCCUGGGCUCUGACGCCGUGGCCAUUCAGGCGGACGUCAGCCAGGUGUCGCAGACUGUGCGUCUGUUCGACGAGGCCGUCCAGGUCUUUGGCGGGCUGGACAUUGUCUGCUCCAACGCCGGCGUCGUGUCGUUUGGCCACCUGAGCGAAGUCACCGAGGAGGAGUUUGACCGUGUCUUCAACGUCAACACUCGCGGGCAAUUCUUUGUCGCCCGCGAGGCUUACAAGCACCUCAACACCCACGGCCGCAUCAUCUUGAUGAGCUCCAACACGGCCGACUCGUUUACCGUCCCGAAACACUCGCUCUACUCGGCGUCCAAGGGUGCCAUCAACACGUUCGUCCGGUGUCUCGCCAAAGACUGCGGCGACAAGAAGAUCACGGUCAAUGCGGUUGCGCCCGGCGGCACGGUGACGGACAUGUUCCACGAAACUGCCAAGGACUACCUCCCCAACGCGGACAGUCUCUCCAAGGAGCAGAUCCUCGCUGACAUGAGUCGAUCGGGCCAGUGCAAAUGA